GUGGGUCGUUCGAGUGCGGCUCGGCAGUUGCUCGCCUCCGCCGGGCGAGAGUAGACCUAGGGAGAGGGGAGUGCGCUCGCUUAAGCUCUCGGCAUCGGGCGUAAGCCAAAAUGGCGACAACGAAGUCUUCGAAAGGCGACACAAAAAGCGAGAAGAAAAACAAGCACAAACGCAAGAAUCCGGACCGAGAGUACAUCAUCCGACCGAGGGACCGAAAACAGCGGAAGCACUAUUCGGACGACUGGGCCUUCGGCGAUGAAGAGAUCGAGGGCCAGCACGCGUUCGACCUGGAGGAAAAGCUAACCACGGAACGCUUCGAGCAGGGAUUCGUGAAGGAGUUGCAGGGCCAAGACGUGACCGUCGCGUACUUUCAACGCCACGGAUUCAACACUCCGCUGCUGAUCAAAGAGAAGACUGGUCUAGGACUGACUGUGCCGCCAGAAGACUUCACCAUCAAUGACGUGCGAAUGGGUGUCGGUUCCAGACGAAUGUUGGACGUUAUGGACGUCAACACUCAAAAGAAUAUGGACAUGACCAUGAAGGAGUGGCAGAAAUACUACGAGAGUCCAAACAAGGAGAGGCUCCUGAAUGUGAUAUCGCUGGAGUUUAGCCACACAAAGCUGGAAAGCUACGUGCAAGCACCCACAGUGGUCCGACAGCUAGACUGGGUGGACUGCGUUUGGCCAAAAUAUUUGAAAGAUAUGCAGAUAGAGUCGACCAAUGUUCUUGAAGACAUGAUGUACCCUAAAGUGCAAAAGUACUGCUUGAUGUCAGUAAAAAACUGCUACACCGACUUCCACGUUGACUUUGGCGGCACAUCAGUUUGGUAUCACAUUAUCAAAGGCAACAAGGUCUUCUGGCUGAUCCCUCCUUCCGAACAUAAUAUCAGUCUGUACGAACAGUGGGUGCUCUCUGGCAAGCAAAGUGACAUUUUCUUUGGUGACACCGUGGAAAAGUGCUGUCGGGUGCAUCUGGAGAAGGGAAAUACGUUCUUCAUUCCCUCUGGAUGGAUACACGCUGUCUUCACACCUAGCGACACCCUCGUGUUUGGAGGAAACUUCCUUCAUUCCUACGGCAUUGAAAAGCAGCUACGCAUUGCCAAAUUGGAGGACACCACUAAGGUGCCUCAGAAGUUCAGAUACCCCUUCUUCACAGAAAUGCUGUGGUAUGUGCUGGAAAAGUACGUCUUCUGCCUCUUGGGCAACUCGCAUCUCAACCUUCCACCUGAGGCUUCCAACUCGAGGCUCAAUUACCACCCACAGCAUGAUGUCCAUCUCACCGCUCAAGAGCUGCACGGACUCAAGGACAUCGUGCUCUUCCUCCACAACUUGCCACCACACAAAAAGAACGUGCCGGAGCUCAUUCCUGAUGCCAUCAAAUUAAUCAACGAUGUCCGGAGCUUGGUGCAACAACAUCGUAAGGAUAACCCAGCCUUGGCCAUCACUGGGAGAUGCACUUUGAGGUUACCACAUGAAAAUACAGAUCGCAAUCCUCUGAGUCGGUCGUCCAGCAACAGCCGUGGCGUGCCGCGCGUCAAGGGGCACCAAGGCAGCAGGGGUAGCUUGGGUGGCAACUCGUCACGGACAAGCCUGCCAAGCAUGCCCAGCCAGCAGCACUCGCCCCUGUCCGCGUCGCACAUACAGACACCGAAUCGGCCGCCAGACACACCAAAGCCUGUGUCAAGCGGCAGCGGCUCCGGUUCGAACAACAACGGGCCACGAAGAAGGCGCACCCGUUGCAAGAAGUGCGAGGCCUGCAACAGAGCCGACUGUGGCGAGUGCAACUUCUGCCUGGACAUGGUCAAAUUUGGUGGCCCUGGCCGUGCCAAGCAAACCUGCGUCAUGCGUCAAUGCUUGCAGCCGAUGCUGCCGGUAACAGCAGCGUGUGCAGUGUGCCGACUGGAUGGCUGGGGCUUGGAACCUGUGGUGCCGAUCCAGAAAACAGCCGAAAGGGCUUCUGUGCCUUCCUCCCUGAUGGAGUGCAGCGUGUGCUUCGAGAUUAUGCAUCCCAAGUGCGCGGUCAGCCGCCUGCCACCCGGGAUCCAGGCGACCGGUCAGGUCAACGAGGACAUGCCCAACUCUUGGGAGUGUCCGCUGUGCUGCAAGGAAGGAAAGAACCAAGAUUACAAGCCACGCCACUUCCGUGCCAGGAACAAAACGAGUGGCGGCCCUCUCCCAGAACACUUCCGGAGGGGCUCUUUCAGCAGUGAGUCCAGCGAAAAUCCCGCGAGAAACAUAAAAACUGAAUUUGACAGCGACGCCGAUCCUAUGUCUCCUUCGGGCUCCAGUAAGGCCAAGCCGGAGCCACCGCACCUAUCGCCAGACAGGCGGAGACGCUACUCAAUGGACUCUGAGGUGGUGGACGACGCGGGACCACCAGUGUUAGAUGGCGAAGCGGCUCCCGCCGUUCACAGGCCGGUCAACGUCAUCCGGCCACCUCUACGAUCUCAACUCGCUGCCCAACUAAUCGGCAGCUCGACCAAGCAGCUGAAACGACCCACGGUUGUUGUUCGACCGAGUGGCAUCCCGCCAGAUACCAAGACUACUGUAAGACUGCCAGGCGGCAACUUGGCGAUGGACAAGGAGGUGAUGUCGCUGGUGUUCCGCUUCCUAAACCAGCAGGAGCUUAACACGUGCACGCUGGUGUGCAAGAGCUGGAUGGUGUGGGCUUGCUCGCCGAAGCUGUGGACACGGAUGUCGCUGGCGCACUACAAGGUGACCGCCGCCGUGAUACAGGGUGUGGUGAAGCGGCAGCCGAGCGUGCUGAUCCUCGACUGGAGCACGGUCAGCUCGAAGCAGCUCGGUUGGCUGCUGCCGCGCCUGCCACAGCUGCACAGCCUUAGCCUGCAGGGCUGCACAUACGCUACUUCCGUGGUCGCGCUGCGCACCAGCUCGUGUCCCAUGCUCACCUCGCUCGAUCUCAGCUAUGUCACCGGCAUGAAUGACUGCUGUCUCCGUGAGAUCCUGUCGCCUCCACCCGACUCACGGCCUGGUCUCACCGACAAUAAGUCCCGCCUCAGGAACUUGAGAGACCUUGUGCUCGUCGGCUGCGACAUUUCCGACGUCUCUGUUAGAUACAUUGUUCAGUACUUGAAGAGUAUUGAAGCACUGUCCUUGGGCUUGUGCUACAAGAUCACUGACGCUGGAGUGGCCCAGCUGUCGUCAAACAACGCGCCGACCCUGACCAAUCUCAAGUAUCUGAAUCUGUCAGGCUGCAAAAUGAUCACGGAUCUGAGCCUGGAGCACUUGGAGCGAUGCAAGGGGCUGCAGAGACUGGACUGCCGCCACACACCGCUCAUCACGGCCGAGGCCAUGCGGCUGACUUGCCAGAGGCGGCCCAACUUGGUUAGUGUCACAGACAAACUGUUGGUUGCCAAGGACUAGUCAGUGGGACAGUUGCAAUUUUAUUCCAAUCCCGACGCUAUCUAAUAUGUGUGUUAAGCGAUAGGAAAAAUAAAACUUCAGUACGCUGUCUGUCGAAACAUG